GUGUGUCUUGGAAUUUGGAGGCGUGGCCCAAGUGUAGGGAUGUGAUCUGAGGGACCAGCCAGGGGGACAGGUACACUAAGAGGAUGGGGCCUAAGUGGCUGAACAGCAGCUGUAUGGGGCCAUGGGGAAGAAGGCGUGAGUGUCAAGAGUCAGGGAACAGGAAUGAGGCUGGAGACGAGUGCCUGAGUGGAUCUUGGAGGACAGGGGCGGGGCCGAUGGGGACGGGUAGGACCACGUACAGCCAGCCUCGUGGGGGUCCCCACAAUCCUGGCAGACUGACUGGAAGAAGUUUUUCUGACCACAGUCCCCGACCUCCGUCAGAAAUGGGGAACGUGCAGUCGGAGCCGUCCGCAGGCGGGGGCUCCCGAAAAGAGCAGGCCUCGGACCGCUCCUCCGACUCCCGCCGGACGUCCCUGGCGGAGCCCGAGGUCACCCCCUCCUCCCCGGCCAUGCGCCUGGCUCGCGGGCUGGGCGUCUGGUUCCCCGGCAGCUCCGCACCCCCGGGACUCCUGGUUCCCCCGGAGCCCCAGGCCUCACCCUCACCCCUGCCCCCGACCUUAGAACUACCCUCGCCAGUGACGCCCCUUUCUCAGGAGGCGGCUGCGGCCGCGGUCUCCACACCACCCCCGCCCCCCGUGGGGACCCUGAUGCCCGCGCCGUCUAAGUGGCGAAAACCCACGGGCCCACCGGUGCCCCGAAUCCGCGGUCUGCUGGAGGCGAGCCACCGCGGCCAGGGCGACCCUCCGAAUCUCCGCCCGCUGCCGCCGCCGCCGCCGCCCCGGCAACUGAUGGAAGAGGACCCCGACCCUGUCCCGAGGACCCCAACCCCGAUUCCGCCGCCCAUGGAGCCGCGGAAGCCGCUGCCGCCGCCACCUUCCGACUGCCAGCCCCCGGAGCGCAGAAUCGCCCCCGCGCUGGCCACACCCGCCGCCGCCCCUGCAGAAAGCCAGGCCGGGCACGGCGGCGAAGGCCAGGCGGGCGGCGGGGCCUGCGGUGGGGCGCUUCCCCAGGCCGGCGAGGGCGAGAUGGCCCGGCCUGCGGCCUCGGAGCCUGGCCUCAGCCUGCUGUGUAAAGUCACCUUCAAGUUGGGGCCCCCGUUGCCCCCUGCAGCGGCGUCGAGUUCCUUAGCGACCAAAGCCUCGCUCGGGGGCGGCGGAGGUGGAAGAUUCUUCUCCUCCACCUCGGGCGCCAUCUCUUACGCUGAGGUCCUAAAGCAGGGGCGCCUGGCUCCGGGGGCCGCUCGGCCCUCGGGAGAGGUCCCUCGGGGGACUCAGGAAGCAAAGGGCGGUGAUGGAGACGGCGAAGGGUGUUCUGGACGCCCCUCGGCGCCAGCGACCCACGCCGGGACUCUUCCGCCACCACCUUACACCACCUUCCCAGGCUCGAAGCCCAAAUUUGACUGGGUGAGCCCUCCCGAUGGCCCUGAACGCCAUUUCCGCUUUAAUGGAGCAGGCGGGGGCGUCGGGUCGCCCCGACGGCGCGGGGCCGCGUUCUCAGGUCCCUGGGGCUCCCCGCCGCCUCUGCCGGUGCAGAUGCACCCGGCUCCUGGGCCCCGCAGGCCCUCGCCCGCCCUGCUGGCGCCGCCUAUGUUUAUCUUCCCGGCGCCCACCAAUGGCAAGCCUGUGCGCCCCGGGCCUCCCGGCCCGCAGGAGUUGCCGCCGCCGCCGCCGCCCAGGCCGCCGCCCACCCCGCAGCCGCCGGUGCUCCAGCCCACGCCGCUGCCCGUGGCGCCCCCGCCCACCCCAGGCCCAGGCGACUUGGAGUCGGCCCUGGCUCCCGCCCCGGCUCCCGCCCCGGCUCCCGCUCUGCCCCUUGCCCUGGCUGCCGACCAGGCCCCGUCCCCGGCUCCAGCUCCAACUCCAACUACGGCCGAGCCAUCGCCGCCCCCGCCCGCGCCUAAGGCCCGCACGCGCAGGAACAAGGGCUCCCGCGCAGCCCGGGGCGCGACCCGUGAGAACGGCGCGCCUGGAGACGGCCCUCACGAACAGACUGCAGCUGCUGUGACUGACAGCGGCGGAGGGAGUGGUGGCGGCGGGGCUCCUCCGGCGGGGACGGCCACCACGGGCGCCGCGCGCCACUGGCCGCCCUUCCAGGUGCUUAACUCGUGUCCCUGCAAGUGUUACUGUCGCCACCAACCGCGCCAUCGUCGCCUGCCACGCAACGUGUCUGCCUGGCUGAGCACGCCCACCAACCACCUAAGUGAGCCGCCCUGGGUCGCCACCAUCAAGCUGGCUGGCUCGCUGGUAGCCGGGCUGGAGCACUACGACUUGCAGGCCACCCACUCCAACUGA